UUUAAUCGGACAGUAGUAGGGGGAAAAAAUGGUUGCAAUGAAUUUCAGCUAGCUAGCCACCGACAGCUGCCAGUACAUUUGAGUAAAACCAUCCAUGUCAAGGCACAAGAAGGAUUUUCGGAAUCUUGUGCUGCUUCUGUGUACGUACAGGGACAGACUAGCCUGCCUGCCAACCUACUGUGAAUCGAUCCAGCUGGCUCAGUGACCAGACAAGAAAACCUUGGCACCCUUGUGUGCCAGUUCAUUUCAAGACCCAGGGAUUUCUGAAUCCAGAAGAUGAACGGUCUGUCCAUACGAGAGCUAUGCUGCCUGUUCUGCUGCCCCCCUUGCCCCAGCCGCAUUGCAGCCAAACUGGCUUUCCUCCCUCCAGAGCCCACCUACACCCUUCUCCCUGACCCAGAUCCAGGUUCUGGAGCUGGAACUGCUUCUGGGUCCAGCUCCGGGGCUGCUCCGCCUUCUCUUGGAGCCCCAGGACUGCGUUCCCGGCUGGGCACUGGUAGUGGAAAUGACAGAGGAGGCGGAGGCGGUGGUGGAGCAGGAGCAGGAGCAGGAGCAGGAGCAGGAGCAGUGGCAGGGGGUGGCAGCGGCGGCGUUGGGGCUGAGGGCAGGUGGAAACUUCAUCUCACAGAGAGGGCUGAGUUCCAGUAUUCACAGAGGGAGCUGGAUGUGACGGAUGUAUUCCUGACCAGAUCUAGCCGAGGGAACAGGGUGGGAUGCAUGUACAUUCGCUGUGCCCCCAAUGCCAGGUUUACAGUGUUGUUUUCCCAUGGCAAUGCAGUAGACCUGGGCCAGAUGAGCAGCUUCUACAUCGGCUUAGGCACACGCAUCAACUGCAACAUCUUUUCCUAUGAUUACUCAGGCUACGGUGUUAGCACUGGCAAGCCCUCUGAGAAAAACCUUUACGCUGACAUUGAUGCUGCCUGGCAUGCCCUGCGCUCCCGGUACGGCAUCAGCCCUGAGAAUAUCAUCCUAUACGGACAGAGCAUCGGCACGGUGCCCACAGUAGACUUGGCAUCACGGUUUGAGUGUGCGGCUGUGGUCCUCCACUCUCCUCUCACCUCUGGCAUGAGAGUGGCCUUUCCUGACACCAAGAAAACCUACUGCUUUGAUGCCUUCCCUAACAUAGAGAAAGUGUCAAAGAUCCCGUCUCCAGUGCUCAUUAUCCACGGUACAGAGGACGAGGUGAUCGACUUCUCUCACGGCCUCGCCCUGUUUGAGCGGUGUCCCAAGGCCGUGGAGCCCCUCUGGGUGGAGGGAGCCGGUCACAACGACAUUGAGCUUUACAGUCAGUACCUGGAGAGGCUACGGCGCUUCAUCAACCAGGACCUGGCUACACAGCAUGCCUGAGAAACAAACAACAGCCUCUCUGCGUUUGUGUGAAUGAGACGAGCGUGUACGUGCAUGUGUGUGGGACUGAGUGAGAAAGCAUGUUUGCAAAGUAUGGAUGAGAAAUUUGAGGAUGUGUGAUUGAAAUAAUUUUUUUUGGUCACAUCUGUGUGUCUUUGAAGCAGCACACCUUUAGGUUACUUUUCAACAUGUGUUAAAAUAAUUUCCUGUUUUUUAAAGGUGAGAAGGCUUUUUAAUAUAUAAACGGCGGUGUCCAUCUGUGUGGUGGUGAAACACUAAGAACAAGAACUGAGAUAAAACAACUUCAAGUUUUACAAGUCACCUGGGAAAACUUUUGAAUUGCAGCUUUAAAAUGUGACACUCACAUGAAUUUAGAAGUAACAACAAUGUACUUUGUCCAAAAAGGCACACAGAUGUAAUUUUUAAGUAUGACAUGUUAGUGAAUGUAUGAGUCAUGGGUGUAUGUGUUCUUAAAAUCUCCAUGGACCCGUGACACCUGAAUAUGUAUGUGUGCAAGAGUUUGUGAGCCAGGCAGUGCUGAAAGAAAUGAAGGACAUCCUAAUGACCUGGGACAGCUGCAAGUGGAGAAGGCUUAUGGAGACUUAUCAAUAUUGAUGUUUAGUUUUUGUCCUUUUUAUUUUUUUGGUGCGUGUAUGUAUGAAGAAUACCUCCACAGCUUGACCAGUUCUCUUUCCAGUGAACAACACUGGUCAAGCAUGUGUGCCCUCUAUCCAUGUUUACCUGUUACCAGAUAUCCAUCUGACUGCCAGGGCAUUUCCCAAGUUGUCCAGCUAACACUAACCUACUUUAUUUGUGUGAUUUGGGGCUCCAUCACCUUUCCUUCUGUGUCGGUUAUGGUGGAUACACAAGGACUAGCCUGGAAUACGGUCAUUGCUUGUAUGGCUGGCGGGUGUCUCAUAUUUUCCUCUUCCUCAUUUUUGACUCUGAUAAGAUCACAGGACGGCCAGCAACCACUUCAUUUCCUGGCUGUGCUGUAGAUUUAGCCUUUUACUGUUCGCAAAACUGCAGUGGGAACGCACAGGAAAUUGUUUUGAUUCACCUGUAUUGCUUUUUCCCCACAGUCUGACAUUUUAUACUUGCGAUCAAGAAUGAUUGUGGUUGAAGUAGAAACAGGUAUUUGAGGGGCCGCACUGAGAAUAUGUAACGUGUUUAUUUGGACAUGUUUCUGGCAUUAACAGAACAGUUAUAAAAGUGCAGGUUUACUCUAUACUUUUCAUGUCACAUUAGAUCGGUUGGCUCUAAACAGAAGGCUGUAGCCCUUCAGUAUUUACUGAUAUGUGAUGUUUAAAAAGUUGGGCAGACUGCACUGACUUGGUAACAGCAGAAAUAAAUCAGAUUUAAGUCUGAAGUGCAGCUGUUAAGGAGAUCUGUGAUGAAUAUGCCUUCUUUUGGAGCUUGAUGAGAUGCUGGAUUUGGAGGCUCUAAAUGUUCAAGGAGACCAAGUAGCUGCUCAGUUUACCAAACUAAUGAGGAUUAUGUCUGUUUUAUUCAGAACAAUCUUUUGCUUCAUCAGAUUCUCUAUUGUGUAAUAUUGAUUAACUUGUUGUCUUACAGCACAGUUUGUUUUCCAAGUCUUGUUCCAGUAGCACUCAUUACCAGGGUUAGUCAGCCUCCUGUUCAUACUCACCCUCACCACAUUUCUCCCUAACAUUUUUGUCUUGAUGUAAUUAAUCUGAGCGUGUUUGUCGUGUUGUUGGGCCAUGGAUUAUUUGUUUUUAGAACCAGGUGUGUCGACGUUAUGACUUACAAUGUGAUUCAGCUUGGGUGCCAGGACGGGACAACUAGCUCUGCGUAACGUGUGGCCCUAUAUGUACAGUAGCUCUCUUAUGGGUGGCAGCACGCUUCAUGUCUGACACAAGCCAUAUUUGAGCCUCUCACUGUUGGUGUGGUGCAGGUUCCACCACACGCAUGCACGUGCGCGUGCACACACACACCUUUGCACAUCAUCAUCACACACAUACAUUAAACAUACACAUGCGUACACACAUAAAUUCAUGUACUGUAGUAUACAGUAUAUUUACACAUUUAUAUAUAUAUAUAUAUAUCGGAUCAAGCAUGACAAAAGCAGGUCUUAAGUUCAGCACUAUUGUACAAAGCAUCCAAAGUGUAAUAAGGGUAUAAAAUGUAAGUUUGUGUGUCUUCAUUAUUAUUGACUGUCUUCUACAGGCCAGCAUCAAGGAUACUAAGAUCACUUUUGAAUAAGUAGUAAUAGGCCCUGUGUACAGACGUGAAAAAUUACAAGAACUGGUUUUAUGGUUGCAGGCUAGCACCACAUUUCAGAUCUACACAUGGUGUCUGCUGCAUAGGAGGCCCAUCAGUUUCAGUGUAGCUGCGUUUUUUUUUUGUUUUGUUUUUUUAAGGGAACAUGUACUGAGCUAGCACUGAUCUGAUUGCUCCAUUUUGGGAGUACAAGUCGGUCUUAGUAAGCAGUGGAACUGUUACUGAACACCACUCGCUUCCUGUCAUCAUUACGAACAGGGAAUCUUUCCAUUCUCAUCCUGUACUUUGUGUCUCUGAUAUUUAAUGGAAAUCUGUUACCAUCUUGAGCCAGGGAUCUGAGCUGUCUGAAGAAUUAGAGAGAGUUAUCACCGCUCUCUCUCAAUUUAGAAGUAGGUUUCAGUUUCUCCUGGACAGGUCGUGUUAUCAGGGAAACCACUGGAUCUACCUUUCAUUCCUGGGGUUCAAGAAACGGGGUGAAAACUUGCCAUUAUAUUGAUGCACCACUAUGGUUGACGUAUAUUGUAUCCUCUGGCCCUGAAUGUUUAUUGGUGGGGGGGGGGGGGGUCAAACAGUGAAAACUGUAUGCAUGUCUAUUGUGUUUUGCAGAGCAAGUAACGGGUGGGAUGUUAUCGCUAUUGUAUUCUAUGUGAGGGUAAAGUUUAACUCAUGGCAUUGGAACAUUGAAGCGCUUUUUUAAAAAAAACGGGACGUUUAUUUGAAUUUUUUUAUUGCUGAUACUAACUGAUGUAUUAUGAGUUUUGUGCUAGAGUUUGAGUGGGGCAGUGGUGUGUGUGUGUGUGUGUGUGUGGGUGGGGGGGGCUAGACAAUAUUAGUGGGCUGUUUAUAUGGUUAAUGUACUUACCUAUUCUAUUCUUUGUAUUAUGAUUUGUAAUUAUGUUGCUUUUUUGAACUGAGAAUAUGUAAUGAAAUUAAUUCAUGGGACUGAAUCUUGACCUUUUUAUGGACAACAAAAUAAAAAGAUCACUUAUGUACAAAAAUUUUAAA